UUUUUUAUCCAAUUUACAAUCAUGGCGUGCAACGAAAAUAUAAUUAAAAACAUGGCGAACGAAAUAACAAGGAACUGCCAAACGCACAGCGUUCAAGUGGAGAAUGAAUUCGUUAUUUAUGUGAUUGAAUUGUUGCUACUGAACCCGAAGUAUGGAAAAUUAUUUACGAAGACACUGAACAGGGAUAAUUUGGAGUAUUUUGUGAAUGAUUUUGUUUCUAUGAUGACUGCAGGCGACCAAACAACCAUAAACACCCUCAAAAUGCAGUUCAUCAUCCAAACCAAUUACGACAAGCUACCCAACCUGAUCGACAAACACCUGGUCUCUAUAGACAGCACCCUCCGGCCGCUCGUCACGGAGAUCUUAGAGGCAGACCCGGAGGAAGAACCGGAGUUCCAUAAACUGUUCAGAAAAAUAUCCGUCUAUAUUAUACUGGCGAGUGGUCUGGGGAGCCCUGCACACAUUAUGACUCUGAAGGAAGGCAUGGCAGCGCUAGAGAGCGUGUUCUCUAUAGAAGACCUGCAACUGUUCGUGGCUCUACCUCGCACGGAGAAGAAAGAGCAGUUAACGGAGUUGCUAGCGAUCGUGUCCGGAGUACGGCUCUUUAAUAGAGACUGCAAGAAGGGAGGGGACCAGAUACCCGACCUGCCGUUCAACCUAGUGGACGCCGGCAAGGCAUGCCUCGCCGCUCUUUCCAACUCUCUAUUCGGAGUGAUGCAGCGAGUAAACACUUUGACAGCGGCUAUAGAAGAUACCGCGGCUGUUGAGAGUGAAACUGGGAACGUGAUGAUUAAGCCGCCCGACAACACGGAACUGUCUAUAGAGAACUACCAACACAUAUUCAACCUCCUCGCCUUCAGUCGUCAAUACGAAGUGAUAAUCCGAAGACUACUCAGCGAUGUAGAACUUAUGGACUCAAACGCUAACUUAUACGUCGAGCGAGUGAGAGAAGCACUGGAGAAUCUUCAUGCAGCAGUCAAAUAUAAAGCUGCUGUGCCUGUUGCUGUGGUUUUCCCUUUGUUCGGUCGUCUCUGGCACACCUGGCGCGGCAUGCAAAACAUAAUGUACCUCGUGUCAACUGUGAACCGUGUAAUGACUGCCCUGGCGAAUCUUCAGGGACAGAUGCAGAUGCCUACGGACACUUUGGACACGAUGUUAGCUGGCAAAGCAAUAACGACAGACCAGGAGCGUAUGUCGAAAACCAUCAGCAUUGAAGAGCGUCUGAGCAUGGGGUCCUUGAGAAACUACGUGCAGGAUACCCCGCUAACCGGGGAAAAGCAUACUCAGUACCUGGGAUUCUGCGCUCUCUGUCUAUGCGCCGGCGCGCUCGUUCCCGGAAAUCCGCGCUUCGGUCUAAUUAAACAUGGCGGCCGGCGGUAUGCGUUCUGCUCUGUCAAAAUGGCGACGCAGUUUAGCAAGGAGCCCCAACGCUAUGUGAACGAAGUCCUUCACUACGCCCGGAACAACCCUCAUGUGAUCAACCUGCUCAACAUUUGGGACGCGGUGUACCAAGUGCGAGACGUGGAUAGCCUGGUCGUCAAGCAUGUUAAGAAGAUCAAGGUCCACGAGAAGGAAAUCCAGACGGAGGCGCACCCGAUUGCCGAAUACAAGGAGAAGAACUACCACUGGGACCUUUGGGAGUGGAAGCGGCGCGCUUGUCAAUGGGCAACAAUAGUGAACUGCCGUACAAAAUCCACGCAAACCAACUACAGCCACCUCCGCUCCGAGAUCCAUUGUCAGACCGUCGAACCCCGCGACAAAUGUUACCAGACUAAGAAAGAUGCGGGCAUGACCACAAACUUUAGUAACAACUUCAUUUGGGGGCUGAGAGGGAAGAUCGGGUAUGGACAGCAUUGGAUGGAUUUCGUUCAGAAGGAACAACCGGAGAAGCUAAAAGCUCAAACCUUCACAGCGUGCAUGUGGCCUUGCGACCCAGACACGACUCCCUCUGAGACCGACUUCCAAGAGCAGAUGGCAAACAAGAGAGGAGACAUUAACAUGAGCACGGCUACCGUCAAAAGCACCAGGUUCUCUAUACUUGACUGCUUUGACAAAUUUACGCUCGACACCAAGGGCCCGGCUGGUAGGCAUUCGUGAACUUGCCGGAGAACCCGCCAAGCGGGUUACCGGGGGGUUAUAAAUUACGACCGGAUUCUGACGUAGCGCGCCCUUUUUGUCUGGCAGUGAAUGUGUUAAGUGCCAAUAGAGACAUACCACAGAAUAUAGUACAAGUACAGAAGACUCACUGCUUUGAUGUUCACAAAAUGCCGCCUUUAUAAUUCUUGGCUACAUUAGUAAACGGACCGCACGCGAGCAGCAGACAUUGAGUUGUAUUGCGUCGCGCGAAGGUCGUCACCACUGAAUGCCGCGAAUUCGCGGCCGCCGGCAUGUACU